CACUAAAAAAAAGCUUGCUCUUCAAGCACGUUCCAUUGCUAGAAUGACAGUAUAUAAUGGCACAAUCUCCUCUAAGAAGUACAACAGAAGGUGUGUCCUUAAAAAGUGUACAACAAGUGUGUUCCUCAAAAGUGUUUCAAAGUUCGGCAUCUCUCAGCAUUAGCAGGAAUGGCUAAAUACUUCACUUUGUGCUUCCUCCUCUUGCUCAUCCUCUCUUGCGAUGAGAAAAGGGUUCCCUUAGCGGAAGCAAAAGAUUGCCACAAAGUUUGGACCUGCAAAGGCGGCGACAAAUGCUGGCAGGAUUGCAAGAACCAGUUCAAUGGACGAGGCAUGUGUGAUCUGUACACUGCGCCGCCUGUUCCGAAGCAAUGUUUCUGUGCUUACAAGUGCUGAUUUCCAAUCUGUAAUAGACAGAACUACUAUCACCUGUGUAUAAGUAGAAGGGUUGGUGUGUUUCCAACUUCUCAGGUCCUGAAAUGCUUCGUUACCAUCUUGUUUAUGUGUCUUGUUCACCCACUUAGGGAUAAAACGUAGGAACGAUGAAUUUCUUCCAAGUUUCAAGUAGUUGUGUUGUAACAUGUAAUGUCUCGUGAAGGACAAAGUGGAGACUAGCAGUGACGCUAGCCUGUACAAUUAUAUGGAAAUGAAAUAAUCUAGUUGUUAUGGCA